UAAGAAAAUGAAAUGACAGAUCCUAUCGGUUAACGUAUUAGACGUUGCAUUUUCCACAGUCGAGAAUAAUUUUUAUCAUUAUAUCUCUUUUAAAGACCGGACCUUAAAAAAAUGAAGUCCAAUAGGAUCACUAAUACAUUGUGCACAAAAGCACCAUGAUAUCUGUAUUCAUGUCAUCGCGAGAACGACCGGCGUCUAAAGCACGCUCAACCAAAUCGGGAAUCGUUCCCCCGACGACGGUCAUCUUGGUCUCUCUAUCGUCGUCAUUCGGAGGGUUCGGCGCGACAUUCGUCCGACGGAUGUAUUCAAUCCCCCUCAGCCACCCUCUCGAUGGCACGAGGAGCCUCUGCGACCGCGGGGAAGAGGGUUGCUUCUCGCUGCGCCUGCGUCGAGCCCCCCGAUGACGACUCGGCUAGGUAGGUGCUCGACCCGGACGCAGUUGGAAGAAAACAAGCAGCAGACCGUCUGCUGUUCUCGCGUAUAGCGUGAGACCUUUUCUUGUCCCGUUCGACCGGAAUGAGAGAUCGUCGGUGAAAACGAGGGAUCGGCGAUCGAUGCGGUCGAAAAUAGCUGUGUGUUCUCGUUGUGGUGCAACGUAAACGGUGUCCGAGGCGGAGCUGAACGAUGACGGCACGAGAAGCUCGGCAAGAGGAUAUAAUAGUGUGAAAAAAACUAACGUUCGAUAACACGGGAAGCGGGAUAAGUUCGUUGAACUCUUUCGUGAAUCUGGAGUUGAUGCCACUGUGUUGCUGCUUGAGGCGAUCCGAAUGCACUCGAGGGUGACUAUCAGCAUCUCUCGGCGAGAGGGGAAAUGCGUGUCGAGUGAUUAAUUCUUCCGGAUUCUGUGUUACGUGCGUCGCAAUCAUCGGAAACAAUUUUGAGCAAACGUCGAGAGUUUGUCACGAAAUUAUAAUCCGCAGAAAAAAUUCGCGUUCUCUCUCUUUUUCGCUCGCUGUCCCUAAGUUUCGAACGUCCUUGUUUCGGCGGGAGAAAUCGCCGACCGAAAGAUCUCUCUCGUUGCGAUCUUGUGUGUUGUUUCCGGUGCGGCUGGAUGCAACGUCGUGAAGGAUGCACAUUUGAAGAGUGAGGCAAGCCGUCAUAUCGGUUUUGGCGUGAUGCGGCAUGCUUAACAGGUUCUAAUCAUCAAUUGCAUGUGGGUCACGAGUUGCAUUCGCCGCAGCUAACAAGAUAGAAGGUUUACCGAGCUAAGAGAGGAGCAAAAUGUGGAGCUCGGUCACUGCGGCUGGCACCGAAAACGGACCAGCGCCUCCUUCGAGAAGCAAGCACAGCGCCACUCUACUUGCCGGUCACGUGUAUCUUCUCGGAGGUAGAAAUGGAAAUCUGCCUCUCAAAGAUCUCUGGCGAUACAGUCUCGCGGAGAGCAAGUGGGAGGAAUUGCAUCCAGGAGGUGAGAGACCGCCGGCUCUUCAGGAACACAGCGCGGUAGCUUAUAAGGAUUGUCUUUACGUUUUCGGGGGUGAAUUGGGCUUCUCCGCUGGAACAGAAACGCCACUCUGGGUUUAUAGUGUCAAGACAAACAUGUGGAGAAAGGUGAGAGCUCAACGUGGUUGCGCGGUUCCUAGAGGUCGAAGGGGUCACACCGCUCUGGUGCAUCGUGGACAAAUGCUCAUAUAUGGCGGUUAUCAAGAUCUACGUGGAAGCUCAUCCGAAUUAUGGGCUUUUCAUUUUGAAACUGAAUCUUGGCAUCUACUCUCAUCGAGCGAAAACGGACCGGCUGCCAGACACAAGCACUCGGCGGUUCUGCAUGGCGACGCAAUGUAUAUUUACGGAGGAAUGACGGAUCUUCAAGAACGGAACGAUUGCUGGCGAUGGGACGUCAACAGCGCUUCGUGGUCCAUGCUGAAGAACAAACCAGGUCCCGGACCUCUUCACGGUCACGCAGCAUGCAGAUUGCCGAGUUGCAUGCUGAUCUUUGGCGGUGAAAGCGGCGGACUAGCGACGAACGAACUAUGGAGGUUUCAUUUUGGCACAGAAACUUGGGAGAAGUUAUCGGUAUCAGGACCAAAACCGCAGCCACGGGCUGAAAGUGUUGCUCUCGCAGUAUCUGAAUUGUUAAUUCGCGGAACAAGCGUGGACAAUCCAAGACCGAGGCCGAGAAAUCAAAGGCCUAGGCUUUCCAGCAAUAGAAUGUCGCCAAUCGAAGCACCUUCUGCCAGACCCAGUUUUCUCAAGGAAAUUUCCAAGUUGUCGCAAAUAAAUCUAUCGAGACUCAGCCAUCCAACAAAGUGCAGCUAUUCAGUUCUCAGUGGCCACGACGACAAUGAAGAAAGUCCUCAGGAGGCAAAUACGUAUUAUCCUUUUCAGCAAGUAGACGUCGAAGUGGUCGAACCUUCUACCGGGAUGGUGAAGUCUCGCAGUGCUAACACGCUCGCUCGCCGAAGACAAAAGACGUCAGAGGGAACGUCGAAGACGGUCGACGCUAGCAGUUCUAGCAAUACUACUAGUUCUGGUAUGACCAGAGAUCCUAUUUCAGUGCCAAACUUUCGUGCUUUGACAUUACCAACUCCUGUUCUCACGCCUGUAGAGGCCGCCAGAUUAGUCUUUGUAGAUCCAGAUGAAAACAGUGACAACGAGGAACCACGUAAAGAGCCGCCUACGUCGAGACUAAUUGAAGUUCAAGAAGAAAGAGAUUUUGAAACAAUGCAUCAAGCCUGUCAGCCUACACGCGGCGAAAGUUACAGCUCGCAUCUCUAUGAGGCGGCUUUGCAAACGCCAAAAACUCCAACGACCACAAAAAUACCUACUUCCGCCUCGGUAAGAUUCGCCGAUCUUGAAGAGGGCGAGGAAUCGACGUCGGAUUACGCAAGUAUCGAGGGAGCGAGAAGUCCGGGCGAUCCGCUCGCGGACGAGGACUGGAGCGUAUCCGGAAAGAAAUCAAAACCACACAAGCCGAUCGUCGCCACGGCCACGAUACGAGAGGGCCAAUUCGGUUUUUGCAAUCCCAAUUACCUCGGUCUGGACGAAACGAGAAGCCAUCAGCAUCAUCAUCAUCAUCAUCACCAUCAUUAUCAACAGCAGCAACAGCAAGACGGAAAAUACGCCAAGCUGCUCAAUAGUCCGCCCGAUAGCGUGCUGGAAGAUGAACCCGGAAGAUCAGCUUCGCAAACAUUCGCCGAGCUUUUGGAGCUGCAAGAGAUCAAGAGAACACCUCGGGCACCACCGAAGAGCCUGCCUUUAGGCUCGCCAUCUAGACGAGCGGUAAGCGCGUCGAGAGUCGAAAGACAGAGAACGAAAGUAGCGACGAUGGACGCGACUGACGUGAAAACACCUUCGUACGGGCCGGCGCCCUUGUACGUUUUUUUAGUUGGCGGCAAAGAAAAAGGUCAAGUCACGGUGUUCGCCAGGCCGGUCUCUCUUUGGAAGCUACAGCUGGCGCCGCACAUCUUCUAAGAAUGAUUGAUGGUUUAUUUUCGCCAAGUCACAUACACACACACAAACACCCCUACGCAUCCGUUAGUGAUAAGAAUGGAUUUAAAAACCGAUUUCGUACAAGUUUUCAUUUUUAAUGUUUUGCGAAUGCUGCUCUUGAUAGUAAAAUUGAUGUAGGACAAGAUAUCAAUAUGUUUUUGAUAUUUAUAUUUAUUUAUUUUAUUAUUAGCACUAAAGUUAAUUUUAUACAUGCGUUCUUCGUUACGAGACAAAUACGUUUCUUUCUUAUGUAAGAUUAAAUUAUAAAGUUGUUAAUUUUUUUGGUCCGUUAAAAGUUGUUAAUUGCUGUUUAUGCGUUAUAUCUAUAUUCAAAACACAUAGAAUCGAGAAAUCGGAAGAAAAACUAACUAUGUGUUGCUAGACAUAAUAAAGUAUAAGGCAAGUGUCUGCAAAUGCCAUUUACGUGUGUCAUUAUGUAAACUUCAAAAAUUUAUAGCAAACUGGCCGAUUCGAAACGAGUGUUCUUAAGGUGCAUUUUUUGCAGAAACACGAUUUAAAUCGAAACGCAGGUCAAGUCAACAAUCUUUUACAUGUAUAUGAUCUGUGAUGAUAUUUAGUCAUUGCUGAUAAAAUCGCAUUAUAUGAAUGAACUCUCGCUCCUUGCAAUACGUAUAAGAAAUAUUAAUAUUCUCGAAUGUCAAGACUUCAACUUGUUCCCAAGAGCAAGCGUCAAUCACGAAAAUUGACCUGAUCUGCGUUUAACUGCCAUUGAAUGUGUAAGAAGAUUCAAUGUACGUAAAAUAGGAGUAGAAUAUUAGUGUCAGAGAUUCGUAAGCCUUUAAUGAUAGAAUCAGAACAAUCGAUCAAAGAUUACGGUCAAUCGUGUCCAAUCCAAUUGAAGAAACUUCAUUACUGACCGAUUUUUGAUCUCUCUGCAAUAUUAGAUAGAUUUUUUUACGAGACAUUUCUAAUUUUUUUUUUAUCUCCACUCAAGGCAAAUCGAUAACUGUAAAUUCUUCAUCAAACCGAAUUUACUGUUUUUAUGACUGAAAAAUAUUUUGAAAAAAAGUAUAUACAAGCCAGAAAUAUUGAUCUCUAAACUAGAAAAUGUUAUUAUGUGUAACAAUAAGCGAUAAUUUCAAUCCGCCAAACUUACUCACUUUACUGUGAAAAAUUAGCAGGUACUUUACAAAAAUCUCAAUAGCGCUGUCGUAUAAAACAUUUGCUCCCCAGAAUUUAUUCGUUGAUGUUUCAAAGUCUUACGUGCCAAUUAGUCAAUUUUAGCUUGUGUUAUUACAAAUUUCUUUUAUUGUACUUUUGUUGUACCGUAUGUUACUUUACUGAUCUAAACUGUACAUAAUAUUACCAAUAAGAUAGUAUAGUUUCUCUUCUUUUUCUUUUUCCUAAAAAUAGUGAAUAUUUUUGGGAGCCACUAAAACAAAAAGAAGACAAUUGUGUUCCAAGAGACUAUGGAGCGCGUGAGCCAGCGGUCUCGCAUCUAAUAGUUGCAAAUCGCGAUGAAAUCGAAAGUCUUUACCGUGAAUGUAUCUAUGUACGAUCGUAGCAAGUUAGUGUUAUUAUAAGUAUAAUGUAAGUAGAACAGAUGCACGACGAGAGGCGAUGUGUACAAUGGGAGCUGUCUUGUCUGUGUAGAAUUUUUACGACCGUAAAGGCCCAAUACGUGUAAUCCAUCCAGUAAGUAGCUAAAGUCAACAACAGUGGCUUCUCGUGGGCUAGAUAUUGAGAGAGAGAGAGAGAAAGAAAGAGAUGCAGAAAUUAAUUUGCAUAAAAUCCAAUAAAAGAGAUUAUUAAUUAUAAACGAUUACAAACAACUGUGAGUUGAAAAUGUCGCGAAAACUGUCUUCGAAACAUUUGACGAAGAAUUAUAGCGAAAGAAAAAAUUAUUUUUGCAUAACGCUGCGUCAAUCAUAUCAUUUGUCUCCUUUGCAAAACAAAACUCAGAAAAAGCUUACAUGCCACUUAUGUGCAAAUGCAUUAUUCAUUCGAAUUAGAUGCGGUCACGUGUCGACCGAAAAAUAAGAACGGAAAAGAUUUAUGGAUGUUGACUUUUCAUCGUAACUCGUUUUUAUUCCGCUUUUGUGGAACGAAAAAAAGUUAUAGCAGAGAAUCGCAGUAAAAUUAUCUCAUGUAAAUUCCAGCUUGCUAAAAUCGGAACAAAACCGCUCGCUUACUUGCAGUUAGUUGAUCUUCUAAUAUCUUCUUUUUCCGUUCCGUUUUCUCUGAUUGCGCGCAACCGUGCUUAUCGCGAAAUAUAACAAAUUAACAAGUGAUAAUUUCGCUGCAACUGUAUAAUGGGCAAAUGCAAUAUUAGAAAUUAUAAGAUAUAGAAUCGAAGUAAUAACUUUUUUUUCUAUUACGAGAGAAUCCUCUUUGUUUUCAAAGUGUGUUCAAUGAAAUUUGUGAUUCCUUCAGGAAUCUCCUGAUAUCUAGUCUCGGGGCUCGAUUUACCCGAAAAUCAAUGUUUUCCAUUUGUAGAGCUAGUCAAUUAUAUCUCAAUGUACAAAAAACUUAAAUAUUACAAAAUAUUACGUAUCCUCACUUUAUUGUAUUUUUACCCUCGUAUAUAGAUAUUUUAUCUCUCCGCGCUGAUAUAAUUUUAUUUUCCAUUAUUAUCGAGUCGUCCGUGUUGUGUGUCAUCCGAUUCUAUUCCCCGUAAUACACGUUUAUUCCGAUGGCCAUUUGAACGUGUGUAUAUAUUCUUUUCUAUAUUCAUUCAUACACAUGUAGCAACCGAUUUAAUGUAAUACGUCGAGUCUUCAGAGAAGACAGAGAGAAAACGAACAUUUUACAUCACGACAUAUAAGAAUCAAAAAAGUGAAAAUAGAAAAACAAUUGAAGUCAACGUACUCUUUCUAUAAGCUUAAACGCAUACGUAUGCGCCGCGAUAGAAGACUAUCGAAGAAAUAAGAAAGAAGAUACCCCUUCUAUAGAUAGAAUUCCAUAUCACAGAGCGUAUUUUUUCAGAAACCGAACUUUUUUGAGAGUAGAGAGAUAUAUGUUUCUUGUUCUCUGAAACAUUUCCAUGUGUGUGGUAAUAUCGGGACAAUAUUAUCGCAAAUAUAUCAUGUAGUACGAAGCACCGAAAAUAUAAAUAAAUGGAGAACGGAAAAAAUAGAAUUAGAUUUAAAAAACACUUUGCACAAUGUUAGAGAGAGAAAGAGGAAGAAAAAGAAAGAGAGAGAAGGAGCGUGUGUACGUGUGUGUGAUUUUUACGCGAUCUAAUAUAAACUCAACAAAACAUCAUAGAAAUAUCGCAGAGUACGAUCAAAAUGUUUCUUUUCUUGAUGAUACUGUAAAACGCCGGUAAUUCGUAAAAUAAAAUAAAAACUAAAAAAAAUCACUAUAGCGAUAUUUUCUUAAGACAAAUUUAUAAAUUAACGCGAACUCGAAACUUUUAUCAAAGUUGAAUAAAUUUCGUGCUAUUUUUGGUGCUUAGUACAUGUGUAAUAUUACGAAAUUAUUGUAGUUAAUUGACUAUGCAACAUUACACAGACUUAUUGUGUCUUCUAUGAUCGAUUACAUUACACGUAUAAUGUAUGUGUGUGAACAUACGAUCGCGCGUAUAUAGAAUAAAAUAUGUUGCGAUAUCGUUCGUCAUCCCUUCUAAUCUGAAUGUAACUGAAUGCAAAGAGAUAUGCGCCUAUAGCGAUAUUCACACGUCUCUUGGUUCUUGUACAACUUUAUCAGUAAGUGUAAUAACUUCUCAGCGAUGUGAUUACUUCAACCGUGUGCAAUGUAAUUAAUGUAACAGUUAUUAAUGGAACAGUAUUAUUAUGA